CAAGUCGCAACUAUUUAAACCAACCUUACCUGAAAUCGUUUAGCGGGAAGAUAACCACGUGCUAUUUAUGUUGUGUUUUAGAAUAUAUGUUCGAAUUAAAGAUCAGUGAUAUUUUUUUGUGAAUUAGCAACAUGCUUCAAGACUAUCUUUUGAAGAAUCACACGAAAGACUUGGAAGAUAUAUUAAAUGCUGCAGAGAAUCAUUUAUUCUAUUCAAUAUACGUAAAUUUUGUGUCAUUAUUCGAAGCUGAUGCAGAGAAUGCUCAGAAAAUUUUACGCAAUCCUAGACACUAUUUACCACUAUGUAAUGAGUCAGCAGUAAAAGCCCAGGAACAACUGGCAAGUAAAACUGGGCAAACAGUAAAAACAAGAGUUCAUAUUCGAAUUACUGCAGUGCCAAUAAAAAUAGAUGUAGGUCAAAUUGGGGAGUUAAUUUCAACAACUGGGAUUGUGGUACGCAUGUCUCAGCCUACAGUUAUGAAAAUGAAAAAACGUUUUAUCUGUAAGAAAUGCAAACAUAUUAAUACAGUUAAUUUAGAAUGGGAAAAACAAAUGUUUAGGAAUUUAAAAUAUUGUCAAGCAUGUCGUUCUGAAAGUUUGACAGCUUCAAAGUCUUUAGAACAAGAUGACUGUUCUGAUUACCAAGAGAUAAAGAUUCAGGACAAAUGUAAAACAGGCGCAAGGAGUUGUUAUUCAGUAGGCCUGCAAGUAGUUUUGCUGGACGAUCUUGUUGACAAAUGUAAACCUGGAGAUAACGUAGAUGUCAGUGGAGUAAUUAUACGAAAAUGGGGUACACUAAAAGUUGGCAAUCGCGCGGAAGCUACGACGUUCUUGAUGGCAAAUAGUAUUUUUGUACGCAAGAAAAUUACAGAUGUAAUAUUCUCUACAGCAGAAAUAAAAGAUACUUUUACAGCAUAUUGGGAACAUUAUCGACAUAAUGUGUUAUCCGGCAGAGACAAUAUUCUCGCUUCUAUUUGUCCACAAUUAUAUGGGAUGUAUAUUGCGAAAUUAGCGUUGGCCGUUGUUUUGUGCGGCGGUGUCGCAAAAACUAAUGAAACGGGGAUGCGUAUAAGAGGUGAGCCUCAUCUUCUUCUAGUCGGAGAUCCUGGCACCGGCAAAUCGCAAUUGCUUCGCGUUGCUUCCCGACUGACUACACGAGCUGUCUUUACAACCGGGGUUGGAAGUACUGCCGCUGGACUUACAGCAGCUGCUGUCAAAGAUUCGGACGGUUGGCAUUUAGAAGCAGGAGCUUUAGUGCUCGCAGAUGGAGGUGUGUGUUGCGUGGACGAGUUCACGACUAUGAGUGCACACGAUAGAACCUCUGUACACGAAGCAAUGGAACAGCAAACGAUCUCCAUUGCCAAAGCCGGUAUGGUGAGCACAUUAAACAGCCGCUGUUCAGUUAUCGCGGCCAUCAAUCCAGAGGGUGGGUGUUUUACGGGCAAAGAAUGGACAACCCGUUUAGGAAAUCCUCUUUUGUCGCGCUUCGAUCUAAUCCUUCUUCUGAGAGACACUAGAAAUCCCGAAUGGGACAGAUUGACGUCGAGUCACAUUUUGAAAGUUGCCUGUGAAGAUGAAGAAAACAAUUCAUAUUCCGAAUAUAUGGGUCCAUUGAAUUUAAUGGGCUUAUGGUCGGAAGAAACUCUCUGCGAAUAUUUCGCACACGUGCGUGCGUUAAAGCCAACAUUAACCGAAGAAGCAAAGAAAAUACUUACCGCGACUUAUCUUCAUCACAGAUCAGAUCCAUGUAGGAAACCCGAAAGAACAACAGUUCGACUUAUAGAUAGUCUUAUCAGAUUAGCUGAGGGUCACGCAAAACUUAUGUAUCGAACUAAAGUGGAAGUUAUUGAUGCUGUGACUGCUGCAGAAUUGGUUGGAACCACACUAGUAGAUAAUUCCGAUGCCGGUUGUCCAUUUCCAACAGAUCCAGUAGCAGCAUAUCAUUCAAAAGGUAUGUACACAUAUACUUACUUGAAAGCCCUAUAUGCUGGUCUAAACCAGCACAUGAAGGAGAAUGGAGUAAAGAGUAUGAGAUAUAAGAUAGCCAAACCAAAUGUUGAGAAACCUUCGCCACAGAGCAUCAAAAUAAAUCCUCCAAUUACAUUCAACAGCAGAACAGAGCCAAUGGAUGUAAGCUCGCUGGUCCCGGCGGGACUUCAAGGAGCGCAACAGGAUGUGUGCGAGGUUCAAGCGGGAUACAAUAAGCUUUCGGAAAAUUUGCGAAGAUUCACACCGCAGGGUAUACAGUGCGCCAUUUUUUGCGGCGGGUCCAAAUGCAAAUAUGAAAAUUCAAAAGCUUGGCCGGCUGUCCACAUGGCAAUACAGAACAUCUUCUCGCAUUGGGUAACUGAUGAUGUUCUUGCAAUGGCACGACCCAGUACAGCGCAAAUAAUAAAGAAAGAUAUAAUUGCCCAAUUCCAUGGAUGGAGUAUAAAAACCAUAAUAAAUCUGCAAACACCUGGCGAACAUGCAAGUUGCGGCGGUCCAUUAGAAGAGAGCGGCUUCACGUAUGACCCCAACAUUUUUAUGAAAAACGACAUUUACUAUUAUAAUUUCGCCCUGAAGGAUUAUGGUAGCGCCACGGUGGGAAAACUUUUGGACAUGGUCAAGGUUGUGGCCUUCGCCGUGCAAGAAGGAAGAGUGGCCAUUCACUGUCAUGCCGGUCUCGGCAGAACUGGCGUUCUGAUUGCGUGCUACCUUAUUUACAGUCUUCGUGUACGGGCGAACGAUGCCAUUAGAUUUGUCCGCAUGAAGCGUCCCUCCGCUAUACAAACACGCGGGCAAAUAAUUUGUAUUCAAGAAUUCGAGCACUUCGUGCUUCCGCAAUUGAUAGUAUUCCCUUUGCACAGUACAACGGGGGAUCGCAAGCCCUAUAGCCUUCAAUCGUACCUGAAAAAACAGUACAACAUGUUACACGGAUAUGAGCAGCGCACCUUCAAGCAUAUUCCAAAAAUCGUUUUUAUUAUUUGCGAGCGAAUACUACAGCUCUGUGAUUGUCAAGAAGACAAUUCGCCUUCCGAGAUUAUAUACACGGUCUCCAACGUGCCGUUUACGCAGAAGUUCAUCUGCCACGUAUUGGAAAAAUUUCGUGAUGGCAAGGAUAAUAUGCGGCACUCCUAUUCGUGGGCGGAAUCCCUUACGGACUCCUACGAAUACUCAACUUCCAUAAAGGCGUGCAGUAGCAGUCAAGGAUCAUCCCGAGGUACCUGCGAUGAUAUAGGAAGAUUGAGCGAUGUAUUUUGCAUGUCACCGGACACUCCUUCCUGUGACUCCACAUUUCCAGGUCUGGACGAUAAUUGCGUAGAUGAUGUACUUGGCGAUGGCAUUCACGAUCAAGAUUUGCUCGAUAACGACUGUUACAAGGAAAUUCAAUCGCACAUGGAUCUAAGGAGCAUCUCUCGCAACGAUUACGAGACGGUGACGGCCGAAGAAGCUAUCAAAGCGUUCAUCGGAAAUAACACUUCACUUCCUGAUCCCGUAAAAAAACGUUUGCAGAAUUAUCAGAGUGACUUGAAUCAUCGAUGUUCCGCCUGGCAGCGAUUAGAAUUGGAAACUAAUUUGGAAUUAUUAUCAGCUUUGCUGUUCGAAUGGCUGGAAGGUCUUAAGCAUCCCCUUCUCGAUGUUGACAGCCUCAGUUACAUUGUCGUGUGGUGUUCAAAGCCGCAGCGAUGUCUCGGGAAGCUGCCCGUCGGUACAAGAUACUUAUUAGAGUACCUGUUGCGAUUCGUUACUCGCUUAAGGCCUGCGACAGCCGAGAGUCAAAGUUUAAUUACCAAAAGACUAAUGGCGGCAUUAACGCAGCAAAAAAUUUGGAUCAAACAUUGUUUUCAUCCCCAAAACAAACACUUUCACAAACUACGACGUGGCACCGCUGGCAAGCUCAACGAAUUUUUUAUUCGUCUGACGCAUCUGAUAGAGGAAGUUAACACACAAACGUUGGACAAACCACCAUGGGCGUCGAAGUGGGAACUAUUAGCUAAUCAUUUGCGGGAUGUAGACAGUCAGAAGAAUGACGAAUGAGUGUGACGGAUCUACAAUUGAGCAUUUCAACGAAUUUUUUUCUAAUUGCCAACGAUAUAUCUAGAUAAGCUUCUAAUUUUUCAUUUUUCAUCAGGUACGGAUAGAACAAAUCAUUUAUAAAUUAUGUUAAUAGUUCGCAAUGUAUUGACAAUUCUCUUGUUAAAACAGUGAAAAACGUCUGUAGUAGCAGCUGCAGGUAAUCGUCUAACAAUAAGUGGAAUUCAACACAAAGAGUUAAGAGACGAGUUUUGUAACGACCUAAAAUAGAAUAGUGGGGAUUGUCUUUGUUACUGUAUAUUUUACAUUAAUAUCACCGUUGCUCUACCUGCGAAAAGUUUAACGACCGCGCACUGCGACAUACAAAGUAAUCGAGCACAGUUAUUCUUUUAAAGAAAAAUUCAACGAAUCGACUUCUAUUAUUAACAGUGACUAGCGUAAAUUUAUAGCUCGCUUCAAACUUGGAAAUUGUGUAUCACAGUACGAAUCCCAGCUUUCGAUCAACUCUGGAUGUUAAUUACGAUUCUAAAUAAUUAUAAAAUCUAUCUAUAACGAUUUUUACAACGAAAUACUCCAUAUGAUUUAAUUUGAAACGGAACGUAUUUAAUAAUAAAAGCGAUAUACAUUAAACAAUUUAGUUUCAUGUAAAUGACUUUAACAAAUAAAAAAAAGAAUAUUUUAGCAGUAAUUGUAAGUAAAUAUAUGAACCACCAAUCUUAUGGAGAUUUCAAAGAGUCAUCAAAGAGAGGAAGAAGCGAUCUCCAAUACGACUGUUAACAAUUAGAAAAAAAUUAUACAGAAAUAGAAAACAUUACCAUAAAAAAUUGUAAAUUGUAAGAGUAAUACCGCAUUCUAAUUUAAAACAUUCAACUGUUUACUAGAUCGGUUUUUGUUUGAAUUUGUCAAACUUAUUUGAUAAUGACGAAAUCAUAAUUGCAUUUUAAUAGAAAUAAAUGAUAUUAAAGCCUUA